AUGGCGAGCAAAACGACUUCUAACAUGGAGAGUGGUAUUUCGAUUACCAUUCAGCCCGGAAAGGUUGCCAAUGGUACACCGAGUCUCAGUCCUCUGGUGCUCCCCCCGGGCGUAAAUUCCGUCACUUUCGGGAAGUUUGUUGACGCGGCCAAUCAGAUUUGCGGAACUGAAAAUGUUACGGUCAUAACAAAGUCCGAUCAGCUUGACCAGCAGCACUACCUUGACCCCAGCAAGGCCCACGACAUGUUCCAUAUCGUCGGCAAGGAGUACUUUGUCUCUUCUGUUAUAAUUGCCCCUCGCAACGUUCCCGAAGUUCAGGCCAUCGUGAGACUCUGCAAUGAGUACGAGAUCCCCCUUUGGCCGUUCUCGAUCGGCCGCAAUGUCGGGUAUGGCGGUGCUGCCCCCAGAGUUCCUGGUUCUGUUGGGUUGGAUAUGGGGAGGCAUAUGAACAAGGUCAUCAAAGUGGACGUUGACGGGGCUUAUGCGUUGGUGGAGCCUGGGGUAACAUACAAAGAUCUCCAUCAGCACCUCGUUGAUAACAACCUACGUGACAAGCUCUGGAUCGAUGUUCCGGACCUUGGCGGCGGCUCCGUCUUGGGAAAUACUCUUGAAAGGGGAGUGGGCUACACCCCGUAUGGUGACCAUUUCAUGAUGCAUUGCGGAAUGGAAGUCAUCCUCCCUGACGGUUCCCUUGUACGCACUGGCAUGGGUGCUCUCCCAAACCCCGAUGCCGACCCCAACACGCCACCCCAUGAACAAGAGCCUAAUACUGCUUGGCAACUAUUCAACUACGGUUUCGGUCCAUAUAAUGAUGGCAUAUUUACCCAGUCCUCGCUGGGAAUUGUCGUCAAGAUGGGCGUGUGGUUGAUGGUGAAUCCCGGGGGCUACCAGUCAUACCUGGUUACCGUUCCCCGGGACGAGGACCUCCACCAGGCCAUCGAGAUCAUAAGACCCUUGCGCACGUCCAUGGUGCUGCAGAACGUGCCCACCGUGAGACACAUCCUUCUGGACGCGGCGGUAAUGGGCAACCGAAUCAAAUACACAUCGUCACCAAAUCCAUUGACAGACGCCGAACUUGACGAGAUCUCAAAGAAACUGAAUCUCGGCCGCUGGAACUUUUACGGCGCACUCUACGGGCCUGAGCCGAUUCGCCAGGCUAUGUGGACGGUGGUGAAGCAGGCUUUCUCGGCCAUCCCUGGGGCCAAGUUUUAUUUCCCGGAGGAUAUGCCUGAUAAUCUCGUCCUGCAGACUCGCCAUCUCACGUUGCAGGGAAUCCCCACCACGGCUGAGCUUGAAUGGGUUAACUGGCUUCCUAACGGCGCCCAUCUCUUCUUCUCUCCUAUUGCCAAGGUUACCGGCGAUGACGCCGUGGCUCAGUACAAGCUGACUCGCCAGAGGUGUGAGGAAGCCGGCUUCGACUUUAUCGGAACGUUCUGUGUCGGGAUGCGAGAGAUGCACCACAUUGUUUGCCUCGUUUUCGACCGCAAUGACCCAGACUCUUGCCGUCGAGCCCAUUGGGUGAUUACUACCCUUAUCGACGAUGCGGCUAAACGAGGAUGGGGCGAGUACCGUACACAUCUGGCCUUGAUGGACCAGAUCGCCAAUACGUACAACUUCAACAACAAUGCGCAAAUGAAGCUGAACGAAACCAUCAAAAAUGCUCUCGAUCCAAAGGGUAUACUGGCGCCUGGGAAGAACAGUAUAUGGCCCCGGAAGUAUGAAGCUAAAGACUUUGAGAUUGCUAGGCCCCAACUGCUUUAG